CAGGGCGGCGGCGUCAGCAUGACGUUGAAGCAGCAGACUGUGUCCGACGCUACUGGUAUCACCUCAGGAGCCACGUCCGCCACUGGCACGAACGACCCGGUCGUCGAAGUGGCGAACGUCACGUCUACUGUUCGCCCUGAAAACACUACAAACGGCAGCAGCGCGCACUCUGCGUCUACCUUGGCCAACACUAAAGAGAACCCCCAUGUGUCUAGUCAACGAGCUGGCAAGAUACAACAAGAUACAACAUCAGUACAGACUGACGAGCGAACAGGGACCCGCACACAAGAAGCGAUUCACUGUUAUGCUGAAGUUAGGCGAUGAAGAGUACGUUUCCGAAGGAGCGUCGAUUAAGAAGGCACAGCAUUCUGCUGCAGCAGAAGCUCUUCAGUCUACGCAGUACAAACAUCCACCACCCAAAACUACACGAGGCGGUUUAAGAGGUUCCUCCGAUAAGUCUGGAACCAGUGGUAGAUUAGGAGGCGGCGGCAACAUAACACCGACCGUCGAAUUGAACGCGCUCGCCAUGAAACGCGGAGAACCAGCCGUUUAUUACCUGCAACCUAUGAUGGACAUGUCAAACGCCACAAACGCCUCUCAACCGCAACAGACGCAACAAGUGAGUAAGAAACUAGAUGUAGAGUCGAAAAAUACUCCUAGGUAA